AUGCAUGAUGGAAAACUGUCCUUUGAUGAAUUCAAAGCUUACUUUGCUGACGGAGUUCUGAGUGGAGAAGAACUGCAUGAACUUUUUCACACCAUUGAUACACACAAUACUGACAAUCUUGACACAGAAGAACUCUGCGAAUAUUUUUCCCAGCACUUAGGAGAGUAUGAAAAUGUUCUAUCUGUCUUGGAAAACUUAAACAUAACCAUACUGAAGGCAAUGGACAAAACAAAGAAAGACUAUCAGGAAGCUUCUAAUUUGGAGCAGUUUGUGACUCGCUUUCUGUUGAAGGAAACACUGAACCAGCUUCAGUCCCUCCAGAGCAGCCUGGAGUGUGCCAUGGAAACCACGGAGGAGCAGACUCGUCAGGAGAGACAAGGCCCAACAAAACCAGAAGUGCUCUCAAUUCAAUGGCCAGAAAAACGCUCAGCUCGAAGGCUUCAGAGGAACAACAGCCUGUCGCCAAAUAGCCCCCAUUUUAGCACAGGUUGGACUGAGGAAGACAGCCAAUGGAUGACCCAGAUAAACAGACUCCAAAAGCUGAUUGACAGGCUGGAAAAGAAGGACCUAAAGCUUGAGCCAUUUGAAGAGGAAGUUUUGGAAGAAAAUGCAAGAUCUCACAUAAUGAUUGUUCAACGUCAAAUGUCUGUGAUAGAAGAAGAAAUCGAGGAAUUCCGGCUUGCUCUGAAGCAGUACGUGGAAUCUGCUUCUACUCAGGGUGGCUGCUUGCAUGUUUCCAUACAGAAGCUUCCAAGUGAUUCCCGCUUCAUUGUUUAUGAGUUCUGGGAGAACAGCAAUGCCUGGAAUAGCCACCUUCAAAUGAAUUACAGCAAGACAUUCCAAAGAAGUAACGUGGACUUCUUGGAAACUCCAGAGCUCAUCACAACAAUGCUAGUCCCUGCAUCAUGGUGGGUCCUCAAUAACAACUAGCAGCUGUGGUUCCAAG